GGUGGCCAUGACGGUGCCGACGCGUGGCCUGUCGCUGCUCCGCUGCCGUGUGGGCCGCGUGCGGGCGCCGGGGCCGGGGGGACUCCGGGGCUUUCGGAACAGCGGCGUCAGGACCAGCAGAGAGAAGAGAUUCCAUCCUCCAGAGGCAUGAUGCCAUUGUCAUCUCAGGCACUGAAAUGGCCAAACAAAUCCAGAAAGAGAUAGAGCGAGGUGUGGAAUCUUGGGUUUCCCUGGGGAACAGAAGACCUCACCUCAGUAUCAUCCUAGUGGGAGAUAAUCCUGCGAGUCAUACAUACGUCAGGAAGAAGAUUACGGCUGCAUCUGCCGUAGGUAUCUGCAGUGAGAUUAUUCUCAAACCCAAGGAUGUUCUUCAGGAGGAACUUCUGGACAUAACUGAUCAGUUGAACACAGACCCAAGAGUCAGUGGUAUAUUAGUUCAAUUACCGCUGCCAGAUCACGUGGAUGAGCGAACAGUGUGCAAUGGAAUUGCCCCUGAAAAAGAUGUCGAUGGCUUUCAUAUUAUCAAUAUUGGAAGGCUGUGCCUUGAUCAGCCUUGCCUUGUACCUGCCACUGCCGGUGCUGUUUGGGAAAUAAUUAAAAGAACAGGAAUUGAAACAUUUGGGAAAAAUGUGGUGGUGGCUGGAAGAUCCAAGAAUGUAGGGAUGCCCAUUGCCAUGCUUUUACACACGGAUGGAGACCAUGAACGGCCAGGAGGUGAUGCAACUGUGACAAUAGCUCACAGAUACACUCCCAGAGAACAACUGAAGAUCCACACACAGUUGGCUGAUGUUAUCAUAGUAGCUGCAGGUGUUCCAAAGCUGAUUACAUCUGAUAUGGUUAAAGAUGGCGCUGCUGUAAUUGACGUGGGUAUCAAUUAUGUCCCUGACCCUGUGACAGGAAAGACAAAAUUAGUCGGAGAUGUGGACUUUGAAGCUGUUAAAAAGAAGGCCAGCUUUAUCACCCCAGUUCCGGGAGGCGUGGGACCCGUGACAGUGGCGAUGCUUCUGAAGAACACCCUGCUGGCAGCCAGAAAAGUCAUUUAUUAGAUCACGCAAGAGAAUAAAGCACGUUGAAAUCUCGCCAUUUAUUUCAUGAAUAGCAAUACCUUUAUAUUUUACUAAAAAACUAUUUAUUCCUACAUCAUAUUUAUUUUUUCAUUUGUGGGAAUCAUUGAAGAUCAGAUGAUUCACCCAACUUGAUGCAUUUCCGACAAAUGGACUUUGAGUUUUAGAAAAAAUACAAAGCAGCAUUGAUGAACAGUGUUGAUAUUUGUUUAUUCUGUGAAUACUGUCCAUAACAAUAAAACAAUAAAGGGCUCAUAGUAAAUGAAUGUAUUUUUGACACAACUAAAUAUCACAGUACAUUUUCAGCAAU